GUUAGUUCAUUAGCAUUCUAAUAUCUCUAUCACCUACAGUUCGAUUAGGAAACACUGUGCAGUAAUAAUGAAAGCUCUGUUCAUUUUGGUUAUACUGACCGUUUUCGGUAGCAUCACUAUGCAACAAUAUAGCAGACGGGAGCUGAUAAAUAUAUACGAAUUGGCCUGCAUGGCUGAUACAAAUGUGACUGAAUCGGAAUUUAGAAAAUUCAUUACCAAUGGCAUGAAAGCUAAUGAAGCCACCUCGGACAUAAAAUGUAUGAUAAUGUGUGUGAUGGAGAAAAGGGGUAUCUUAAAGAAGGGUACUUUCGAUACUGAGAGGGCCUAUAAGGAAAUUAUGAUAGUUGGAGAAUUGAAGGGACACGAAGACGAAAUCAAAGAAGCAGUUCAUAAUUGUAAGGCUGAGAAGGGUUGCCAUGAUUGUGAUACCGCUUUCAAGAUUACCAUGUGUCUACAGGAAUUUAGUUCUCGCAAUAAAUAAUCUUAAACAAAUAUCUUAAAUGCAAACUAAGAAAUUGUUGGUAUGCAUAUAUUUUAAUCUGAUUUUGGUGAUGGUUGUUAAAAUAAAAUAAAUAUAU